AUGAGUGUUGCGCCGUUUGAUCAGAACAACGAUGGAAAUUCAUCAUCCGUCGACCCCGGCAAAAACGAUCUGAGUGGAUUGACCUUACGACCCACUACCAGCCAUACAGCUGCUUCCACCUCCGCCAGUGGCGAUACCAAAUACAUCUUCAGCAAGGAGGAAUUAUCAUCCUACGUCAAUACACUAAAAAGACAACUUGGUAAAUUCACCUUAGAAAACGAAGCUCGUAAAGACACCGUGCACGGUCUGGUGAGGGACUGCGAGACGAUCACAAAAUCAAUACGAGAUUGUUCUGCCUCUGACCAAGGUCAACAGAAGAUUUCCCAACUAUCCGAGUCUUCACAGGACCUUUUGAAGGUAAUCCAGAAUGAUAAAAGUGAUUAUUUCGAAUUCCGAGAUGCGAUCAGAUCCCUUCGAGAGAAAGUGGAAGAACUUGAUUUGAUCCCAAAACAAGAAGUCUCACUUAUCAACUUGUCCAGAGAUCGCUCUCAGGGGGACAACUCAUACACAGGGUGUAUAAGUGAUUUCUUGGAUGGAUUGGAGAAUAAUGAACUUCCCAACGUUUGUGUUUGUGCGGCCGGGUGCUGUUGUACGAUCUGCGCAGUAAGCUUCUCAGUCGCUUCGGCGCUAUUCGUACUUACGGGCAAUUCAGAAUCCUUCUGGUCUCUUAGCUAG